UUUUGGAACAAAAUCAAAAAAUAAUUGAACAUUUGGAAAUUAAAAUUGAAAAAAUAAAAGAGAUGGAAAAUGAAUUAAGUAAUUUGACAAAAAAGAUGGCUAAAGUUGAUUAUUUUACUGAAUUAAUGAAUAAUUAUACAAAUUUGGAAAAUGAUUUGAAGCAAUUGAAAAAAGUUGAUUGGGAUAUUUUGAAUGAUUAUAAUGGGAAAAAUUUGGUUUGUUUUUUUUUUGAAAUUAAAAAAUGA